AUGCUGCACUACGCACGAGUCUCGUCUCUCUUUCCUGCGCUCACCUUAGCUCUCGCGACCGUGGCAUCUGUGGUUCCAACACCAAGGGCCUCAGAUCCAUGUGCAGCUAUUGCUGGGCAGACCUUUGUUCCACCUGCUGAUGCACUCGCUUGCUUAAAGACUUUCCCAUUCAACGAGACUCUUCGCCAAAACGUCUUGCAGGUCGUCUCGCGUGUCUUUGACUUUUACACUUUCGAGGACUUUUAUCUAAAUUCUCCACCUCCGUUCCAAGAGUCUACGUCAAAUAUUAGAGCAGAACUCGCUCGAAUAAACAGUACUGACUACGCAACGGACUUCGACUUCAACAAGGACCUCUUCGACUUCACGACUCAAUUGAAUGAUGGCCACACUCGUUGGUUUCCAAGUUGCUAUAUCACUUUCCAGAACUUGCUUCCCGCCCCGGUAGUAAUCCUCGAAGAGGAUGGUGAACAGAAUGUUUUUGUUGCACCCGACUCGGUCGAGUUUUUCGGAUUGCUCGGUUCCGACUUUUCUGAUUUCUUCGACUCGAUUAACUUUGACUGGCAACGCCUUGCGGGCGCAAAGGUGCUCUCCAUUGAGGGAAUGGAUCCUCUCGACUACAUCGACUUUGUAGCGAAAACCGUCUCUGGUAACUUCCUCGACCAUGGAGUGCGCGUAAACAGUGUAUUAAGCAGCUACCGCAUCUCCGGAGACGACUUUUCACAGCGCAUCGGCGAUCUGGCUGGCCCUCCAAUGCCAGUGCAGGAGAACUUAACCUUCAGUCUCAUUACUAUGAACAGCACCGACGCAGAAACUGUGACGGUCCCAUUUUUAGCAGACUUCACAGGCAACUCGUUCACAGAUCAGGCUUCUUACUGGGAAAAUAACUGCGCGGCGAAUAGCGCCACCAAUGGAGUAGAUGCGAAAAGCGGAAUUCUCAAGAAUGCUGCCCGCCGGAAUGGCCGACCUCUAGCAAGGGCCGUUAUCAGGGAUUCUUCGUCUAGCAAUGCGAUUGGCCUGCCACCGCAAUUCCAGCCGACUCUCCCGCAGGUCAAUACUUCUGCAGGAGUUAUCAAGUCGUAUAUUUUGCCUGAUAACCAGACUGGCGUGAUGUUCGUGGGUUCGUUUGAGGGCGACUUCGUGCAGUUCCAGACUGAUACAGUCUCCGCGAUGAACCACUUCCUCUCUGUGGGUGUCACGCGUCUUCUGAUUGACCUUACGAACAACGGUGGAGGAUUCGUGUGCCUUGGACAAUUUUUGCACCAGUUCCUUGCUGGCGCGCAGAUCGGAUAUCCAGGGUUCGUGUCGACUAGUCGUGGAAAUGAGCUCGCGCAGAAGAUUGUAAAGAACGACAUUGCGCUUGGUGUUACACAGACAUUUUAUCCUCCCACCAACUGGGCGUUCUUGAAUGAUACUCCAUUUCCUCCGACUAUUGAUUAUAAUGAUCCCACUGCGCCGUUCACUGUCAACGGAGUCAGCGAUCCUACCUCCCAGCGAUUCCAUGAUAUCUGUACGCCAUUCAACGUCGACAUCCCGGAAACACCACUUAUUCCUCUCGAGAACGUAGCCAUCGUCAGCAAUGGCGACUGCGCGUCCACCUGUGCGAUGUUCAGCACACUCAUGAACGAGCGGCACGACACCACUAUCGCUGUCUUUGGCGGAAAGCCUGGAGAGACCAUGGAAUUUAAAGGCAUGGCGGGUAAUCAAGUCCUUGAGUGGGCUGAUAUAGAUACAGAGAUCAAGACAGCCAAUUUGAAGGAUGACCCCCUUGCCCCUCCUGAUCUCCUUAUUGAUGGUGACUUCCGACACAAUUGGAGGACUGCUUGGAGUUUCCUGGACGAGAAUGUACCUAUUGCGUACAAGUCUGAGCUUCCGAAACUACGAUUCCCGUACACUAAGGAUACAUUCAAUAACCCACAGAACUUGUGGAUAUUCGCCGCUAGCCAGAUAUUUGGCUAAUUGUUCCACCUUCCUCGCGCCCAUUCACUCGUCCCGCUACUAGCGACGCACGACAAACUCCCGUCCGCAGUUCAUAGUCUCAGUAAGUGAUGUGUGUAGCAAGCGCCCUUCGACCUUCAACCCUG